AUGACAGCCGAUGGAAGCCAGGAGGGCGACGAUCACCAGAGUCGGGAGGGCGACGACCACCUGAACCAGGAGUACUCGGACCGUGCCAGCUCGGGACAGAGGAGCCUGGAGGACGAGGACGAUUUGGGCGAGGAAGAAUCUGAAGAAUGGACCUCGGACGAGGAGAGCGGAGACGAGUACCAGGAUAGCCAGGACGAGAUGAGAGAGAGGCAAGGGAACAUCCGCCUACAAACAGAAAUCUGCGAAAAUGACUCGGAUUUGCUCCGGCAGAUGCGGCAGGCGGCGGCCUACCUGGAGCGCCACGAACAAGGCCACAUUGUGCUGAUGGCGCAGGGCGCGUUCGCGGCGGUGCGGCGUCGGCUGUCCGACGCCACCCUGCUGGCCGCCGCCGAACGCACCCCCUGGCUGACCCGAACGCAGCGGCUGCGGCGGCUGGCGCCGUACGUGGAGCCCCACUGCGGCAACCUGAUGCUCGAGCUCUCCAAGGCUUUCAUCCAGCUGAGCGAGAGUGAGCAGACGCGCACCAAGGCUGAACACAGCCGGGACAAGCUGCAGCGGGCCCGGGACGUGAUUAAUGACAGCUGGAAGCAAGCACGUCACAACGCCGAGAAGGCCCGCUCCGAGGCCGAGAAGGCCCGCUCGCGCGCCGAGCAGGCCCGCGCCGAGGCUGAGGCGCAGCGCAGCGAGAUCGAGAGCCGCUUCGCCUCCGUCGUCGAGCACUGCAGCUUCCACCACAGGCUCUUCGCCAUCCUGUCGACGAAGCUGGAGCGGAUGUCGGCGACGGUGGCGGGCGGCCAGCCCGUGACGCGCGAUGAGCUGCGGAGGCUGCGUAAGGUCGUGCCCAGCAUCCCACCCUGCGUCAUAUGGCCCAGGGCCCUGAAGAGGUGGGAGCGGGACGGGCGAUGCCUGUCCUGA